AUGGAGUUACUGCCCCUUUGGCUCUGCCUGGGUUUUCAUUUCUUGGCAGUGGGAUGGAGGAACAGAAGUGGAAUGGCCACAGCAGCUUCUCACGGGGGCUGCAAGUCGGUGGGUGGAGUUGCCGACUGCCGAGAGCAGCACCUUGCUUCAGUGCCCAGCGAUCUCUCCCCCUAUUCCAAGACACUCAUACUGAAUGCCAACCCUCUCAGGACCUUGUGGAACCAUUCCCUCCAGCUCUACCCUCACCUGGAGAACCUCAGUCUACACAGUUGCCGCCUGGAACACAUCAGCCGUGGCGCCUUCCAGCAGCAAGCCCACCUGCGCAGCCUGGCUCUCGCUGACAACGCUCUCUCAGAGAACUAUAAGGAGACGGCAGCUGCUUUCCACUCCUUACAGAAUUUGCAGAGGCUGGACUUGUCAGAGAACUCCCUGACAGAAGACAUGGUGGCUCUCAUGCUCCAAAACCUCUCAUCGUUGGAGUCUGUGUCCCUGGCGAGGAACACUAUCAUGAGACUCGAUGAGUCCAUCUUUGAGGGCCUGGACCACCUCCAGGAGCUGGAUUUGCAGAGGAACUACAUUUUUGAGAUUGAGGGUGGUGCUUUUGAUAGUUUGACCAAGCUCAGACGUCUCAACCUGGCCUAUAAUAACCUUCCUUGCAUUGUGGACUUCAGCCUCAAGCAGCUACAGUUCCUCAACGUCAGCUAUAAUGCCCUGGAGUGGUUUCUGGCGUCAGCGGAAGAGGCUGCCUUUGAGCUGGAGAUGCUGGACCUCUCUCACAAUCAGCUGCUGUUUUUCCCACUCCUACCACAGUGCAGCAAGUUGCACACACUUCUGCUACGGGACAACAACAUGGGAUUCUACAAAGACCUGUACAACACCUCAUCGCCGCAGGAGAUGGUGGCCCAGUUCCUCCUUGUGGAUGGCAACGUAACCAACAUCACCACUGUCAACCUCUGGGAAGAGUUUGCUUCCAGCGACCUCUCAGAUCUCCGCUUCCUAGAUAUGAGCCAAAACCAGUUCCAAUACUUGCCAGAUGGCUUCCUGAAGAAAAUGCCUUCCCUCUCCCACCUGAACCUCAAUCAGAAUUGCCUGAUGACGCUUCACAUCCAGGAGCACGAGCCCCCAGGAGCACUCACUGAACUGGACCUGAGCCAGAACCAGCUGUCGGAGCUACAGUGGGCUCCGGGGCUCACCAGCUGCCUACAGAGCCUCCGGGUAUUCAACCUGAGCUCCAACCAGCUCCUGGGUGUCCCCACUGGUCUUCUGGCUAAUGCUAGUCAAAUCACUACAAUUGACAUGAGCCAUAAUCAGAUCUCACUUUGCCCCCUACCAGUUCACUCAGACCAGGUGGGCACCCCCGGCUGUGUAGAUUUUAGGAAUAUGGCAUCUUUGAGGAGCCUCUCUCUGGAGGGCUGUGGGCUAGGGACCCUGCAAGACUGCUCAUUCCAAGGAACGUCCCUCGUUCACCUAGACCUGUCCAGCAAUUGGGGGAUUCUGAAUGGAAGCAUCACCCCUCUCCGGGACAUUGCCCCCACGUUACAGGCCCUGUCCCUCAGGAACGUGGGUCUCACUUCCAACUUCACUGAGUUGGACUUCUCUGCAUUUAGGAAUCUGAGGGACUUGGAUCUGUCAGGAAAUUGUUUGACUAGUUUCCCUAGGUUUGGGGGCAGUCUGUCCUUGCAGACCCUGGACCUCCGAAGAAACUCCCUCACAGCCCUUCCCCAGAGGACUGUGUCUGAGCAGCUCACAAGGAGCCUGCGGACCAUCUACCUCAGUCAGAAUCCAUAUGACUGCUGUGGGGUGGAGGGCUGGGGGGCCCUGCAGCGCCUGCAGACGCUGUGUAUCCCUGAUUUAGCUAUGGUCACUUGCAACCUGUCCUCCAAGGUCAUCCGCAUGAUGGACCUGCCCAGAGAGGUGCCUCAGGAGUGUAAAUGGGAGCAAGUGGACAUGGGCCUGCUGUACCUCGUGCUCAUUCUCCCCAGUUGUCUCACCCUGCUGGUGGCCUGUACCAUCAUCUUCCUGACGUUUAAGAAGCCUCUGCUUCAGGUAAUCAAGAGCCGUUGCCACUGGUCCUCCAUAUACUAG